AUGGUGUCGGAGUGCGUGGUUUGCACAGAGGAGUACGAUAAGACGGACAUGAUCAUUUUGUCGUGUGAACAUGCCUAUUGCGUGAGUGUCGAUUGUCUGAAAGCCCCCUUCAACAUCGCCCUCAAAGACAAGAAGCCCUUCACCUGCUGCUCGCAGCGCGUCGAUAUAGGCCUCGCAGGGACACACAUAACCCCCGAGUUCGUGGCCUCCUACCGCCUCAUGCUGCUCGAGCUCGACACGCCCAAUCCCCUCUACUGCCCCGCGCCCAACUGCAGCAGUUUCAUCCCGCCCGCCGGUAUCCGGGGCGACACGGGCAGCUGCCCCAAAUGCGCGACGGCCGUGUGCCGGCACUGCAGGAAGGCCUCGCACAGCGGCAUCUGCACGGAGGAUAAGGAGGGCCAGAUGGUGAGGAACCUCGUGAAGCAGCAGCGCUGGAUGGAGUGUCCCAAGUGCAAGACUGUCGUCGAGAGGAAGGAGGGCUGCCUGCACAUGACGUGCAGGUGCUCGGCCGAGUUUUGUUACAGCUGUGGUGUGCUCUAUGGCGAUAAGCCCGGCCAGUGCUUGGGGAAUUGUAAUAGGAAGUGA